GCAGAACGGAUAAGAAGAGCAACGCGCGCUCAAGCGCAGAGCUUUCCACAUGCAGGCGUACAGUAUCACGAUCAGAUGACACUAACACGUGUUGUCAUAUCUCGCUGGCUCCAGUCCAAAAUUAAUCCAGGAUUACACUUUAACACAGAAAGAACUGAAUGACUAAUAAACGCAGCUGACGGAGGCUUCAAUUGCCGAAGACUUUUUGAGAAAAGACAAUCAACAAACCAUAAAACGGAACAGAAGACACAGACGAGAUCCAAAACUAUCAAAAUAAUGCGGUCUAAAGGAGUGUUAGUGUUUGUGUUACUGGGCGCGUUAACAGUUUACUACGUUUAUUCACCAAUCCCGAAUAACAUAGAGGAGAGAUGGAAACUAAUGCUCGCCGACUCUUUCUUCAGAAGUUUAAGCCAGUUGGCAGAACUGAGUGAGCGGAUGGGACUGUUGCACUACAUGAAAGUUAUGAUGUUCAUCACCAUUGCAGAGCGAGUAGUGCCUGUGUCAGAUGAGAGGGUGCAAGUGUCAGAUGAGAAUUUUGAUGGGGUAGAGGUGAUUGUGUAUCAGCCAACCCAGCAACAAGAAACAGGAGAGCUAAGAAGAGCCAUCAUAUACCUGCAUGGAGGAGGAUGGUGUCUUGGCAGCUCCCGUAUGGGCCCAUAUGAUCUGCUAGCCAAGCACAUGGUUACAGAGCUCAACGCAGUUAUUGUGUCUGUAGAGUAUCGUCUUGCCCCAGCUUAUCAUUUUCCUGCCCAAUUUGAGGAUGUGUACCGUGUGCUGAAGUACGUCCUUCGUGUUGAUGUUCUGAAGGGCUACCAUAUCAAUCCAGAACGGAUUGCUGUGUCUGGAGACAGUGCAGGAGGCAACCUUGCAGCUGCAGUGGCUCAGCAGUUGCAGAAGGACCCAGAACAGCAUGUCCAGCUAAAGGCCCAGGCUCUAAUCUACCCUGUUCUGCAAGCCUUGGAUCUGAACACUCCCUCUUACCAGCAGAACCAGCACAUGCCUAUACUGCCCCGCACACUGAUGGUGAGGUUUUGGAGCGAAUACUUCACCAGCAACAAGUCAUUUUUGAGAGCCAUGAUGGCAAACAGACACAACAGCCAUGAAUCAGCUGCUUUGCUUAAGUUUGUCAAUUGGAGUUCAUACUUACCUGAAUUAUAUCGCCAGGCAUACAAUUACAGUGCUCCACCUGUGGUUACUGGAAAAAGUUCAGUGCGCUCUAUUGGUCCACAUCACUUGCUUGCAGAUCCACGAGCCUCUCCAUUGCUGGUGCCUGACACAGCCUUGCGUUUACUGCCUAAGGCGUAUGUGUUGACCUGCGAGUAUGAUGUACUGCGGGAUGAUGGCUUGAUGUAUGUCACACGCUUGCGUAAUGCUGGAGUUGAUGUCACACAUGAACAUUACCCCGGUGGAUUUCAUGGCGCACUAAUGUUCAUUACGAUGAACAAUUUCUUCUCCACCAAUGAAAAUAAUUCCAAAAGAAACCAAAAUAUCAAGCGUUGUAUGUCACAUGCCUAACCCUAUGUUGUAUGAAAGCCAGCUAGAUACAGUAUAACAAGCCAUAGAUAAAAUAACUGAUGAAAAUGAACGGUUAUUUUCAUCUAUCCAACCAAAAUUAGUGCAGCC